AGCAAAAAAGCCAAACAAGAGAAAAAGACCAAAGAAGCCUCUCUUGUGUUCGAUUCUCUACAUUUGCUUUGUGGUUUUGGUGUUGCUGUUGGUUGUUGUUUCUCUUUUUAUCGCACAAUCUCAUCUGCAUAGAUUCUUCUUCUUAUCGAUCCCCCCCCCCAUCCUCCACGCUUACUGCAAUCAUGAGUGACGAGGGAGAAAAGACCUGCCCCCUUUGCGCUGAGGAGAUGGAUUUGACUGAUCAGCAACUCAAGCCUUGCAAAUGUGGUUAUGAGAUCUGUGUUUGGUGUUGGCAUCACAUAAUGGAUAUGGCUGAGAAGGAUAACACAGAGGGGAGGUGUCCAGCAUGUCGUAGCGUUUACGAUAAAGACAAGAUUGUUGGCAUGGCUGCAAAUUGUGAGAGGUUGGUUGUUGGAAAUAAUUCAGAGAGAAAAAUGAAGUCACAAAAGCCAAAGGCUAAAUCAUCUGAAGGAAGGAAGCAACUGAGCAGUGUGCGAGUUAUCCAAAGGAAUCUUGUUUACAUAGUCGGGUUGCCACUUGAUCUGGCAGAUGAAGAUCUUCUCCAACAGCUAGAAUAUUUUGGCCAAUAUGGGAAAGUUCUUAAAGUGUCCAUGUCUCGGACUGCAGCUGGUGUCAUUCAGCAAUUUCCAAACAAUACAUGUAGUGUAUAUAUUACUUACUCAAAAGAAGAGGAAGCAAUUCGCUGUAUCCAGUCUGUACAUGGGUUUGUCUUGGAGGGUAGACCAUUAAAGGCAUGCUUUGGUACCACAAAGUAUUGUCAUGCAUGGCUGAGAAAUAUGCCUUGCAACAAUCCUGAUUGUCUGUAUUUGCACGAGAUUGGUCCUCAAGAGGAUAGUUUCACAAAAGAUGAGAUUAUAUCAGCAUACACAAGGAAUAGGGUUCAACAAAUAACUGGUGCAACAAACAAUAUGCAACGGCGUGCUGGGAAUACAUUACCUCCACCAGUGGAUGAUUACUGCCCCAAUAGUUCUGCUUCUGCAGCAAAAUCUGUUUCUAAAAGUGCUCCAAACAAUACAACGGUGAGCAUUUCUAGAUGUUCUCCCCCAAAUGGAAGCUCCGGUAGAUCCAUUGCGCUUCCUGCUGGAGCAUCAUGGGGAAUGCGGGCUUUAAACCAGCCACAAUCGACCAUUUUAGCUUGUUCCAAUGGACCUUCUAAGCUGAAAUCUGAUAUAGAUAGCAACACAAUACCAUUUUCAUCUGCAGGAACAAACACAAAUCAGUCUUGUACAUUACAUGUUGAUGCUAGAAAGAAGUCAUCUGAGGAGAUUCAUUCUAUGAGUAUGAAGGGUAAACCUGAUUUGUUAAAACCUUUACAACAGACUGCUGGUUUCGCAGUAGAGAAACCUCCAUCACCUGAUAUAGUUUCUGCUUCUAAAUCAUUGAGCAGCCAGUUAUCUUGCCCACCAGCAUCCAGUUAUAAUGACCAGGUUGCUAAUGUACCAUCAACUGCUACUAACUCCGUCUUUGAUCAUGAACAAUCAUUAAUUUCACCUGUUGGGGAAGUAGGGAGUACUUCCACUGCUGAUGGGAAGAUACAGAGCUUGUGCUCUGAUAUGUCAACAUUGACCUUAGACAAGAAUCUAUUGAAUGGACAUUCUGAUUUAGUUAGACCUAGCAGUUCAGCUUCUGGUUAUGGAUCAAGCAACUCACCUAGUAGUCAGGGGUUACAACAAUGUUGUACUGAGCUCUAUUCAGAACAUUUAAGUUCACCGGUUGCUGGUAGAUCUAUGACAUCUCACAAUGGGGUGUGUGUUUCACAAGAGCAGUCUGAUUGGAGAACUCAAACUCAAGUAGUGGAAAAUACAAGCUCCGAAGUAGAAGAAGAUGUAUUAUCUUUUGAUAAUCAAAGAAUCAAGGAUCCAGAAGUAAUUAGCCAUUCGAGUUACUUGCCAAAUUCAACAGUUUCGCUCCAUUUAUCAGAUCAUUCCAGGGCCCAUUCCUUGCAACAUAGUGAGACUUUUGGUGCUGUUAAUAUGAAUGCUGAUACUCCCCUUGUAGAUAAUAAAGUUCGUGACAAUUUACAUCCUCAUGGAUCUCAUAUUUCUUCUUUGUCAAAUGAAUACCCUGAGAAGUACAUAAGCAGUGGUAUCAGUUCUGAUAUUACCUCUGGAGGUUUCCUUCCGCUUUUAAAUGAAGAGCAAGGGAAGCAGAUGGGGAAACCACUCGGUAAUGCUGAGUGCAAUACUGGCAAAGAUACAGGAGAGAACAGCAUAAUUUCAAACAUAUUGUCACUAGAUUUUGAUACAUGGGAUGAAUCCAUAACUUCACCACAGAACUUGGCUAAAUUGCUUGGGGACACUGACAAGGAGUCCAAUUCUCUCAAAUUAUCCAGUUCGUGGAAAGCACUGAAUAACAAUCAGUCCAGAUUCUCAUUUGCAAGACAGGAGGAUUCCAAAUACAAUUCAUUUGAUGCUGACUCCUCAUUUGGUGUUUUUGGGCAAAUGCUACGGAACCAUCCUUCUAGCCAAGAUUUUGCAGAAAGCAGGGAUCUCUAUCCAAAUAAGUUUGGGAUUUCGAAUGGUUUUUCUUCCAGUAACUUUAAGUAUUCUGACAAAUUUACCAGCAGUCCUUCAGUUUUCUCUUCUAAUAAGCUUUCUGCAGUUUCAAGAACUCAAAUUUCAGCCCCACCUGGAUUUUCUGUUCCUAGCAAGGCACCACCUCCUGGUUUUUCUUAUCAUGAGAGGGUAGACCCAGUCUUUGACACUGUAUCUGAAAAUCACUUGAUGGACUCUUCAUCCCUGUUAAGAAAUUCAUAUCAGGCUCGGACAAGUGUUGGCAUUGGUGGCCCUGGAGACAUAGAAUUUAUUGAUCCGGCAAUUUUGGCUGUUGGUAAGGGUAGACAUCAAGGAGGCCUCAGUAAUGCAGGCUUAGACAUGAGACCAAAUUUUCAACCACAGUUAAGUCCCCUUGAUGAUGAGGCCAGGCUUCAACGAUUGAUGCAGAGGUCUCUUUCUCAUCAUCAAAACCUAAGAUAUGAUAUUGGAGAUAACUUUUCUUCUCUUAAUGACUCAUAUGGAAUUACUUCAAGGCUGAUGGAUCAAUCACAAGUGAACAACAUGUCCCCAUUUGCACAGUUGUCUCUCCAACAGUCAAGAAAUUCACACAUGUCAAAUGGUCAUUGGGAUGGAUGGAAUGAUAUUCAAGGUGGAAGCAAUCUUGGUGUGGCAGAGCUCCUUAGAAACGAGAGACUGGGAUUUAACAAGUUCUAUUCCGGUUAUGAAGAUUCAAAGUACAGGAUGCCCAGUUCAGGUGAUCUGUAUAACAGGACAUUCGGAAUGUGAUUGUUGUUGGAAUCAUGUUGUUACUCAAAUUGCAGUCCUAUGGUAACUGCUAAGAAGUAGAAUGGUUUUGUGCGAUUUUUGAUAGCAUGCUGGGGAUGUAAUGUUGAUUUGUAGCCGAUCUCGUUGGGCAGCCUUAUGAAGGAUCAUUUGUCCAUGAUUUGGGCCAAAAAGCUAGCAGGUAAAUGAGGAAUCCCCCCGCCCCCCAAUAACUGGUGAAGUGAGAGCUUCUGCGUAAUUUUGAUAUAAGGAUAAUAGUAAUAAUAAUAUGAAUUGAUUGUAUUGCAGAGUGGUGUAUAUCAUCACUCAACUGCCAGGUUGAACCUCCCCUGAUGCUGAAUGCUUUGAUAGGAAUUACUACCCUGUCAAGUAAAAAUUGACAUUGCUUAUUCGGUGACAACUCAAUAGAUAAAGAUAUUUAUUUAAUUUAUUAAUAGGUUUCUUUGAAAGAUUUCAUGCGUGUAUAUGGAUAAUGAUCCAUCCCAUCACAGAUUCCCUACUUCCAUUUUAAGGAUGCACAUUGAGAUUAAUCUAUGAUAGAGGUGUAAUUGAGUCUA